AAAAACAAAUAGGGAAAGAAUAUGAUAGAAGAUGGAGGGUGGGGUAGUGUUGAAUUCUUUGCAGAUAUUUGAAGUGAACACAGAUAUUGUUCGGGCGCCAUUUUAUUAGAAUCUCUCUCUCUCUCUCUCUCUCUCUCUCUCUCUCUCUCUCUCUCUCUCAGCAGUCUUAUCGAAGUCGAUUCUUUGAUCACUUAGUUUGGAAGCAAAAGCUUUAAUAUUUAUAUCAAAUUCAAUAAUAAUGUAGACAAGUGUAAACUACACACACUCCUGGAAUUUUCUCAGAGUACAGUUACGGCGGCGAUCGGCUACUCUUCCACGGCAAUCAAGUAGGCCCUUUUUCUCUACUAUCUUACAAUUUUCAACGUCAAUAGUUAGUAUGGUGGACAACCAGAGAAGGAAGAGUGACAUCAUCAUCAACAUACCCGACGACGAUGAAAAGGAUUCUAAUUUUCCAAUCCCAUCAUAUCCUCCUCCAAAUGAUCGACGCCACAAACUUUCACUCGAUGCACCGCAUCGAUUAUCGAACGAUUCGACAUUUAGUCCCCGACAAUCGGUGGCAAGGAGUUGCCCUUCGCCCGAAAUAUCAAGGUUUAGUCCAAGCCCCAUUAACUUUAUGCCUCCCAUAACUCGCGAAAAAUCACUUUCGAGGCCAAUUUACUCGAAGCCCAAAUCAAGAUUUGGUGAACCAUCCAUGCCUAUUGAUAGUAAGAUACUUGAAGAUGGAGCUUUAGUCGAAGAUUACGCUGUCUCGUUUAGUCCAUUAAUCUCGUCACCGAAUCGGUUUGGUGGAGUUGAUGAGGAUAAAAAAACAUACAAGAAAGUCAAUAGUAGGAGAUUGCUCAAGUGUAGGAAAGUGAAAACCAAGGUUUUGAUCGAAUGGUUUCUUUUUAUUUUCAUUACGGGGUGUUUGGUUAUGAGUUUAACGGUCGAUAAGUUCAAAAAUUGUAGGAUUUGGGGUUUGAGAAUUUGGAGGUGGUUUAUGCUUGUCUUGGUGACUAUUAGUGGCUUGUUGUUUACCGAAUGGUUGAUGGAUCUUGUCGUUUUAUUGAUCGAGUUGAACUACUUGCUCAAAAAGAAGUUGUUGUAUUUCGUUUACGGUCUAAAAAAGAGCGUCCAAGUCUGUAUUUGGUUGGGUUUGAUCCUUCUCAAUUGGGUUUUUAUAAUCGAGGAAGGUGUCAAACAAUCCCGUUUAGCCGCUCGGAUUUUAAGUAUCAUAACGUGGACCAUCGCUUCGUUGCUAAUCGGCGCAUUCCUAUGGCUAGUGAAAACAUUUCUGCUAAAGAUACUAGCAUCCACUUUCCACGUGAACACGUUCUUCGACAGGAUUCAAGAUUCCAUAUUCCAUCAGUAUAUUCUCAUGACUCUGUCGGGCCCGCCGGUUAUGGAGUCGGUGAACAUUAUCAUCGAAACGAGCAGCACCAAGAAUAAUUCGAGGUCGUAUGUUGUAAGAAAGGGAAGAGAGGGAAAGGGGAAUCGAAAGAGAGAGUAUAUCGACAUCAAUAAACUUCAUCAGAUGAAGCAAGAGAAGAUCUCUGCUUGGACGAUGAAGAUGUUGGUCGACGUUAUACAUAAUUCGGGUUUGACCACUCUUUCGAAUGCGAUUGACGAGAGUGUAUACGAUGGAGGAAACGGACAAAAGGAUAAAGAGAUCACUAAUGAAGAGGAGGCAAUUUCUGCUGCCUAUCACAUUUUCAGACAUGUAGCUAAGCCUGGUUGCAAGUACAUUGAUGAAAUGGAUAUAAGCAGAUUCAUGAUCAAAGAAGAGGUGGAGAUUGUUUUUCUGAUGAUCGACUUGGCCGAGACUCGGCAGAUUGAUCGAAAAACUUUCACAGACUGGGUGGUGAAGGUUUACAAAGGUCGAAAAGCGUUGGCUCAUGCGCUUACAGACACGAAGACAGCUGUCAAACAAUUGAACAAGCUUGUUACCGGGAUUUUGAUUGUUAUAAUGAUAAUAGUGUGGCUUUCAUUGACCGGAAUAGCAACCACCAAAGUGCUUGUUUUGCUCUCUUCGCAGCUCGUUCUUUCGGUUUUCGUGUUUGGCAACACUUGCAAGACUAUUUUCGAAGCUAUUAUUUUUGUCUUUGUGAUGCACCCUUUUGAUGUCGGGGAUCGUUGUGUUAUCGAUGACGUUCAGAUGAUCGUGGAAGAAAUGAAUAUCUUGUCGACCGUGUUUCUGAAAUAUGAUAACGAGAAGAUAUACUAUCCGAACUCUGUUUUGUCUACAAAACCAAUCAGCAAUUUCUAUAGAAGCCCCGAUAUGGGGGAUUCGGUCGAGUUCUCGAUUGAUUUCAAUACGCCAUUGGAGAAGAUAGGUGCUUUAAAGGAAAAAAUCAAGAAGUAUCUAGAGAAAAAUCCACAGCAUUGGCAUCCAAACCACAGUGUGGUAGUGCAGGAGAUAGAGAACGUAAACAAGAUCAAAAUGGGGCUUUACAUCAACCACACGAUGAAUUUUCAAGACUAUCGGGAGAAAACCAGACGUAAAACUCAAGUGAUUCUCGAAAUGAAGAGAAUUUUCGAAGAGCUGAAUAUUAGAUAUGAUCUUCUUCCUCAGCAUGUACACCUUCUCGACUCGAAAAGGGCGCUUUCGUAAUCUUGAUAGCCAUAAAAUGUUAAUAAAAUUUCAUAUAUAUAUCAUAGAUAUUGCAAUUUGUUUAGUGGUUCUUGAAAAUCCUUUAGACCAGUUAUUAUUGUCAUUUGCUAUGAAAUAUAAAUUGUGUAUCUUCUGCCUCAAA